AUGGAAGGGCAGUCUUACCACAACGUGAGCUCUGUCAAUGGCACCCGAGUACAGCGCCAGCCCUGGGAGCACCAUCGGCUGUGGGAAGUCAUCACCAUCGCAGCGGUGACCGCCGUCGCCAGCCUAAUCACCAUUGUGGGCAAUGUUUUGGUCAUAAUCUCCUUCAAAGUCAACAGUCAGCUCAAGACAGUUAACAAUUAUUACCUGCUCAGCUUGGCCUGUGCGGAUCUCAUCAUUGGGGGCUUCUCCAUGAACCUCUACACUACUUAUAUCUUAAUGGGACGCUGGGCUCUGGGGAGUUUGGCUUGUGACCUCUGGCUUGCACUAGACUAUGUCGCCAGCAAUGCUUCUGUCAUGAACCUCCUGGUGAUCAGCUUCGACCGUUACUUCUCCAUCACCAGACCCCUGACAUAUCGGGCCAAGCGAACCCCGAAGAGGGCUGGCAUCAUGAUUGGCUUGGCCUGGUUGAUCUCCUUCAUCCUCUGGGCGCCAGCAAUCCUCUGCUGGCAGUACUUGGUUGGGAAGCGGACAGUGCCCCCAGAUGAGUGUCAGAUCCAGUUUCUCUCUGAGCCCACCAUCACUUUUGGCACAGCCAUUGCUGCCUUCUACAUCCCUGUUUCUGUCAUGACGAUUCUUUACUGCCGAAUCUACCGAGAAACUGAGAGGCGAACCAAAGAUCUGGCUGACCUCCAGGGCUCUGACUCUGUGGCUGAAGCUGAGAAGAAAAAGCCAGCUCACAGGGCUCUGCUCAGGUCCUGCUUCCGCUGCCCUCCACCUACUCUGGCCCAGAGGGAAAGGAGCCAGGUCUCCUGGUCAUCCUCUCGUAGGAGAACCUCCAGCACAGGGAAGCUACCCCAAGCCACUGGCCAAAGCACCAGCUGGACCAAAGCAGAGCAGCUCACUGCUUGUAGCAAAUACCCCUCCUCCAAGGAUGAACACAAGCCCCCCACUGAGCCUGUCUUCCAGGUGGUCUACAAGAGUCAGGCCAAGGAAAGCCCAAGGGAAGAAUUCAGUGCUGAAGAAACCAAGGAGAUGUUUGGGAAAGCUCAAACUGAAACAUCUGGCUACGACACGCCCAAAUACUUCCUGUCACCAGCUGCUGCUCACAGACUCAAGAGUCAGAAAUGUGUGGCCUAUAAGUUCCGACUGGUAGUUAAAGCUGAUGGGACCCAGGAAACCAAUAACGGCUGUCACAAAGUAAAAAUCAUGCCCUGCUCCUUCCCAGUUUCCAAGGACCCUUCAUCCAAAGGCCUCGACCCCAACCUCAGCCAUCAAAUGACUAAACGAAAGCGAAUGGUCCUAGUCAAAGAGAGGAAAGCAGCCCAGACCUUGAGUGCCAUUCUCCUGGCCUUCAUCAUUACAUGGACCCCUUAUAACAUCAUGGUUCUGGUGUCCACCUUCUGUGAUAAGUGCAUCCCAGUCACCCUGUGGCACCUGGGCUACUGGCUAUGCUAUGUCAACAGUACAGUCAACCCCAUCUGCUAUGCCCUCUGCAACAGAACCUUCAGGAAGACCUUUAAGAUGCUACUUCUCUGCCGAUGGAAAAAGAAAAAAGUAGAGGAAAAGUUGUACUGGCAGGGGAACAGCAAGCUACCCUGA